CCCUAUUGCCGCUACUGCGUCCUCAGCCCUCCCUCGCCGCACCCAAAACCCUACCCUUCCGCGUCGACGUAGGUAGGUGAAGGAGGCCGCGGCGGCGACGGCUGACGGCGAUGGUGUGGUUCCAGUGCGAGGACUGCGGCGAGAACCUCAAGAAGCCCAAGCUCGCCGGCCACUUCCGCUCCUGCUCCGCCUACAGGCUCUCCUGCAUCGACUGCGGCGAGUCCUUCAGCCAGGACACCGUGCAGGCGCACACCCAGUGCAUCUCCGAGGCUGAGAAGUAUGGUCCCAAGGGACAGAAUAAAGGGUCCAAUAACGCACAGGGCAAGCAGGACAAGCCAAAGCCGAAUGCUGAUGUUGAUAUCAACGUCGGGCUGUCAACUCAUCCACCUUGGUUCUGCAGCCUUUGCAAGACGACGACCACUAGCAAGCAAACACUCUUAUCACAUGCAGAUGGCAAGAAGCAUAGAGCAAAAGCAAAAGCCUUUCAUGCUUCUCAGAAACAAGCAAAUGGAGCUGAACAAACUCCCAAGGAAACUAUUGCUGCACCUAUGACAGAAUCAACACAAGUAAAUAAUGCGAAGAGUACUGAAAGUGAAAGUGGUGUGGGCAAAGAUGCAGUAAAAAGAAAGAGAGCAAAUGAUGCAACCUCAGAAGGGCCAGAUAACACGAAAAGACCGAACAACUCGAGCGUGAACUGCGGAGAAGUGAUACAAUCUGCAAAUGGAGAGCCAGAACACAAAGCAAAGAUCAAGAGUACUAAGGAUGAACUAGCUAGUAAUACUGACUUUAAAGAAUGUAAAAAACAGAAAAUUAAGUGGAAGAAGAUUAUUACCAAAGUACUACAGACUAAUCCAGAUGGAACUCUCAAGCUAAAGAAAUUACAAAAGCUAGUAACUAAGGAGCUUCUGGGAUGUGGUUUGAUCGAAGAUAAGGAGCAGUUGCAUGCUAUGUUGAUGGAUAAGAUUUCUUCAAGCUCCAGGUUUUCUGUUGAUGGCAAGCAAAUUAGAUUGGUUGCAAAGGAUUAAGAGCCAUGGAUCAUGCCCCUGAGGAGUGUGGACUGGUUCGUUCGCGUCAGAUCAAUGACGGCGUUUACCGUCCCGAUUUUGUUAUGGCGUAAAGCCGUGUUUUAGUUCUGUUAUUGAUACAUUAUUGUACCGCCUGAAUCAUCUGUACAAUCAUGGGGAACUGAUGUGAAUUUUGUAUUUGAUUGUUUUGGGAGCAACGGCUGAUCUGAUCUUAAUCUGAUAUUGGCAACACGUUAUGCUAUCAAUAACAAUCAAUAUUAUAGGACAUUGAUUUAUGAAUUCGAAUUAAAUAAUAUUUGUCUUGAAAGUA